AUGGAUGUUCGUAUCAUAGGUCUUCAUAGCAUGGGUGGUAUUGGAAAGACCACCCUUGCUCGUGCUAUAUUUCGAAAGUUUUAUUGUCAUUUUGAAAGUUACUGCUUUCUUAACGAGGUUAGAGAAGAAUAUGAAAGGCAUGGAAUAAUUCAUUUGAGAGAGAAACUUCUUUUUGAGCUGUUCAAAUAUAAAACUUUUCAAAGCAUGGAAUCAAUUCCUAUUCAAGGUAGAUGUCGUCGUACGAAGGUUCUUAUCGUCUUAGAUGAUUUGGAUUCAAUAUUCCAAUUAAACAAAUUAUUACCUAAAGUGUAUGAGUUUGGUGAUGGAAGUAGAAUUAUUAUCACAACUAGAGAUGCACAAGUGCUUAAGUCAAGGGCAGAUAUACUUUACGAUGUUAAGAGGUUAAAUGACUUUAAAGCUCUUAAGCUCUUUUGCUUGCAUGCUUUUGGACAAAAUUAUGAUCUUCCAGGAUAUGAAGCUUUAUCAAAAAGUGCAGCAGGUUAUGCACAUGGAAAUCCAUUAGCUUUUGAGGUCUUGGGUUCUUCCCUUUACUCCAAAAGCAUAAACGAAUGGGAAAGGGCAUUGGAUAAGUUGGAAAUAGAUCCAGACAAGGAAAUUCAAAAAGCGUUGAAAAUAAGUUAUGAUGGAUUAGGUGACAAAAGCAUCCAAGACAUAUUUCUGGAUAUUGCAUGCUUCUUCGAUGGUGAAGUUGACAGAGACUAUAUGGAAAGCAUACUACAUCGCAGUGAGCGUUCUGAUGCGACAAUAGCAAUAAGUGCUAUUCUUUAUGAUGAAAACAAAGAACCUGGAAAUCGUAGUAGAUUGUGGAGGACUAAGGAUAUUUGCCAUGUAUUGGAACGAAGUAUGGGAAGCUCUCGCAUUGAAGGCAUAUUAUUGAAUCAAUCUGAACUUGAAAAAGAUGUAAAUGUGGGGCUUACAACAUUCUCAAAUAUGUGCCAUCUUCGCUUUCUUAGAAUGCAUUUUGAUGGUAUUGGGUAUCUUUGCCAUGAACUUAGAUAUUUUCAGUGGGAUUCAUACCCUCUAAGAUAUUUGCCAUCAAAUUUUAGUCCUAAGAAUCUUGUUGAACUUGUUAUGCGUGGCACCCAACUUGUGGAGCUAUUUGGGAAUGAACACCAGCCCAAUGGGAAGUUGAAGAAGAUGGAUCUUAGUUAUUCUGAGCACCUUAUUAAAAUACCAAAUUUGAGUACGGCUGUAAAUCUUGGAAGUAUAAAUCUUCGAGGUUGUACACGUUUGUUUCAAGUUCCUUCAUUUUUCAGGUAUCUCAAGAAGCUUCAGUUUUUAUAUUUGAGUGAUUGCAUGAAUCUAAAAGAUGGCAUAGAAUAUCUUCCAUUGAAUGUAAAGGAGUUAAGAUUGCGUGGGACAGCAAUAAAAUUAUUGCCUGCAUCAAUGAGUCCUUUUUUGGGUCUCUCAGAUUUAGAUUUAAGUGCUUGUGGCAAUCUGAAAUGUGGGAUAGAAAAUCUUCCAUUGAAUAUAAAGAAGUUAAGAUUGUGUGGGACAGCAAUAGAAGUGGUGCCCUCAUCAAUUGGGUGUCUCAUGGGUCUCUCACAUUUAGACUUGUAUAAUUGCAAAAGAAUUAAAAGUUUACCGAAAAGCAUUUGGAAGUUGAAAUCAUUGGGAUGGCUGGAUCUUUCUAAUUGCCCAAACCUGCAAAAGAUUCCAAAAAUCUUGGAGGAUUGUACAAGUUCAUCAUCUCUUCGAUUUUUAAAAAUUGGUGGUUGUACUGGAUUGAAAUCAAUAAUUGAGCUUCCAUCCUCUUUAACUUGUUUGGCUGCAAAUCACUGCACAUCCCUGAAAACAAUAUCAAGGUGGAGGACUCCAACCACACAAGAUUAUGAUCCCUAA